AGGUGGGCGGUGGCAAACCGACAGCGGCUGCUGGAUCUGAACAGCACCCUUGAGUUCAAGCUUCACAGACUGUAUUUCAUCAGCCUGCUCAACGGGGGCAUCAGCAAACAGCAGGAAGCUUUACAGUACGCACGGCAUUUCCAACCGUUUGCCUCACAGCAUCAGAGAGAUAUUCAGAUCUUAAUGGGUAGUCUAGUGUACCUCCGCCAUGGGAUCGAGAACUCUCCGUACCGCAGUCUGCUGGAGACGGAUCAGUGGGCAGAGAUCUGUAACAUCUUCACACGAGAUGCUUGCGCCCUACUUGGACUCUCUGUGGAGUCCCCACUCAGUGUCAGUUUUGCAUCCGGCUGUAUGGCACUGCCUGUGCUCAUGAACAUCAAACAGGUUAUUGAACAGAGACAGUGCAGUGGUGUUUGGACACAUAAGGAUGAGCUGCCAAUUGAAAUAGAUUUGGGGAAGAAGUGCUGGUAUCACUCUGUGUUUGCCUGUCCUAUCCUGAGGCAGCAGACAUCAGAGAGCAAUCCACCUAUGAAGCUCAUCUGUGGGCAUGUCAUAUCCAGAGACGCGCUUAACAAACUCACCAAUGCUGGAAAGUAAGACUCUGAUAUAUGCAUCACAUUCUACAUUACAUUUAAAGUUUCAUCAAACAGACCCCGGACCUAAUGGUUAUUUAACAAGGGUUAGAGUGCGGUCUGCAGUUUUUGCUACCAGCAGUAGCACUAGUAGC